CCAAUGGGCGAGCUCCCGACCGUGUGUCGGAGAAGGAGGCGGAAGCGGGGAGGAGUCGCCGCUGGAGCUGGACUACAUCCGCCGCGGCGUCUCCAUGGCACGACCCUGGCCACCGAUUUCAACGACUUCAUAAGGAGGCGUUUCUGGGCUCAGCCGUGUCGUUCCUGGUUUCCAUCGUGUGGGAAGAACGGAGUAACAAGUCUCACGCAGAAAAAGGUCUUGAGGACACCUUGUGGCGCACCCAGUGUGACUGUGACGAAGCAAACCAUGAAGGACCGCUCUUCAACUCCCCCCUUACAUGUUCACGUGGAUGAGAACACCCCUGUCCACGUCCACAUAAAAAAACUCCCGAAACCGUCAGCGACCAGCAGCCAGAAAUCUCAUAAGCGCGGAAUGAAAGGGGACACCGUGAAUGUGCGGCGGAGUGUCCGGGUGAAAACCAAGAAUCCACCUCAUUGCCUGGAGAUCACGCCACCAUCGUCAGAAAAGCUGGUCUCAGUGAUGCGGUUAAGCGACCUCUCUACAGAAGAUGACGACUCAGGUCACUGCAAAAUGAAUCGUUAUGAUAAGAAGAUUGACAGUCUGAUGAACGCAGUUGGUUGUCUCAAAUCGGAGGUCAAGAUGCAGAAGGGUGAGCGCCAGAUGGCCAAAAGGUUCCUGGAGGAGCGCAAGGAGGAGCUAGAGGAGGUGGCCCAAGAGCUGGCUGAGACCGAGCACGAGAACACGGUGCUGAGGCACAACAUCGAGCGCAUCAAGGAGGAGAAGGACUACACCAUGCUUCAGAAGAAACACCUCCAGCAGGAGAAGGAGUGCCUCAUGUCCAAGCUGGUAGAGGCUGAAAUGGAUGGGGCCGCCGCCGCCAAGCAAGUCAUGGCCCUGAAGGACACCAUCGGAAAGCUGAAGACGGAGAAACAAAUGACCUGCUCGGACAUCAACACCCUGACAAGGCAGAAGGAACUUCUCCUGCAGAAGCUGAGCACGUUCGAGGAGACCAACCGCACCCUCCGAGACCUGCUGAGGGAGCAGCACUGCAAAGAGGAUUCCGGAAGGCUGAUGGAGCAACAGGGAACCCUUCUGAAACGGCUGGCGGAGGCAGACUCUGAGAAAGCGCGGCUGCUGCUACUGCUGCAAGAUAAGGACAAGGAGUUGGAAGAGCUCCUCCAGGAAAUACAGUGUGAGAAGGCUCAAGCAAAGACAGCAUCCGAGCUCUCUAAGUCUAUGGAGACCAUGCGUGGGCAUCUUCAGGCACAGCUUCGGUGCAAAGAGGCAGAGAACAGUCGCCUGUGCAUGCAGAUCAAGAACCUGGAGCGCAGUGGGAACCAACACAAGGCGGAAGUGGAGGCCAUCAUGGAGCAGCUGAAGGAACUGAAGCAAAAGGGAGACCGAGACAAAGAAUCCUUAAAGAAGGCCAUCCGAGCCCAGAAGGAACGAGCCGAGAAGAGCGAGGAGUACGCUGAGCAGCUGCACGUGCAACUUGCUGACAAGGAUCUUUAUGUUGCGGAAGCUUUAUCCACUCUGGAAUCAUGGAGGAGCCGCUACAACCAAGUUGUGAAGGACAAGGGGGACCUCGAGCUGGAAAUUAUCGUCCUGAAUGACCGAGUGACAGAUCUCGUAAACCAACAGCAAACCUUGGAGGAGAAGAUGCGGGAAGACCGGGACAGCCUGGUGGAGCGGCUACACCGGCAGACCGCCGAGUAUUCCGCGUUCAAACUGGAGAAUGAGAGGCUGAAGGCUAGUUUCGCUCCAAUGGAGGACAGGCUCAAUCAGGCACACCUCGAGGUCCAGCAGCUGAAGGCGUCGGUUAAGAAUUACGAAGGGUUGAUUGACAACUAUAAGAGUCAGGUGAUGAAGACCAGAUUGGAGGCUGAUGAAGUGGCUGCCCAGCUGGAACGCUGUGACAAGGAAAACAAGAUGCUUAAAGAUGAGAUGAACAAAGAGAUUGAAGCGGCACGGAGGCAGUUCCAGUCCCAGCUGGCUGACCUGCAGCAGCUGCCUGACAUCCUCAAGAUCACCGAGGCUAAGCUGGCAGAGUGCCAAGACCAGCUGCAGGGCUACGAGAGGAAGAACAUCGACCUCACAGCCAUCAUAUCAGAUCUGCGCAGCCGGAUCGAACAUCAGGGGGACAAGCUGGAGAUGGCGAGAGAGAAACACCAGGCUUCCCAGAAGGAAAAUAAACAGCUGAGUCUGAAGGUGGAUGAACUGGAGAGGAAACUGGAGGCGACCAGUGCCCAGAAUAUCGAGUUCCUACAGGUGAUUGCCAAGAGAGAGGAGGCAAUCCACCAGUCCCAGCUGCGGCUGGAGGAGAAAACACGAGAAUGUGGGGCCCUGGCAAGGCAGUUGGAGAGCGCCAUUGAAGACACUAGGAGGCAGGUGGAGCAAACUAAGGAGCACGCGGCUUCCAAGGAACGAGCAGCCCAGAACAAAAUCCUGGACCUUGAGACCCAGCUGAGCAGGACCAAAACUGAACUCAGCCAGCUGCGGCGGAGCCGUGACGAUGCUGACCGCCGCUACCAGAGUCGGCUGCAAGACCUGAAAGAUCGCCUGGAGCAGUCGGAGAGCACCAACCGCAGCAUGCAGAACUAUGUCCAGUUCCUUAAGUCGUCCUAUGCCAAUGUGUUCGGGGAUAGCCCUUACACUACCUACCUGACCAGCUCUCCCAUCCGCUCCAGGUCUCCUCCUGCCUGAGGCUGCCCGUCUUGGGCCAGGCGCCGGGUUGAUGCCAUGGGCACUGAUGAGUUGCCAAGCCAUACCUGGAAAACCUGUUGGUUUUCCUGUCUCUUCCAGUGAUGAAGUAUGUUCAGGACCUUGUCCUUAGCUCCUGGCUCCAUGGAAGUCCCUAAAGCAGCAGAGGAUGAAGAAGCAGGAACCACUUAGUCUCUCCUCUCUGCCAGAGUUGCCUGAUGGAAGUUUUCAAUUACCUUGCCAGGCCUUACUCGUAAAUCCGCUGCUAUGAGGGAACCAGAUUUUAACUCACCAUAACUUUGCUCACUCCUUUCCAGAAUGUUUGGACUGGACUUUUUCCUCCAGUCCCAUUAUAGCCCUCUUUCUAGGAAUCUCUUUCCUAAGUGUUCUUGGACCUGAACCAGCAGGAGCUGUGGAGGUCCUGGCCACCCACCCUGGGCUGUGAGCAUGUUCACUUCCUCUUUUCCUUAUUUAUCGGGUGUGGCGUUUCCCCUAAGCCCAGGUGAAACCUCUCUUACCCGAGUCUCCUUGAGGCCACUUGCUCCCAUGCACUUCGCAGUAGACACUCAAAGUCUCAUGUCCACUUGGCCUUUUAAAAGUGUAAUCCCAAGAUCGUUGAUUUUUGUUUCUAUUUACCAGGUUUGUAUCUGAGGAAUGCACUUAUAUCUUUGAAAUAUUUGUGUUGUUUUACAAAAAGUUUUUAUAGUCAAUGUUGAAGACUCCAUGGAUGAUUUUCUCUACCCACUCCCAACCCCCUUCUAAAAAUGAUGAAGUAAAAUGCUGCAAGAGAGCCAGUAAAUAUUUUUAUAAAGUACUUGGUGCAUGGACCGUGAAGCUUUUCAUUUUAUUUUGGCCCAGACAGUUUCUUCUCUGUGGGCUUUCCAAGAGAUGACUGGAUGCAUUGCUCAUUAUUGGGGGCAGAUCACUUUAGCUGUUAGGAAGAAGAUGAGAUGUGUAUAUAUUAGUGUUUUUAAAAUGUUAAUUUGUUUCUGAAUGUGUUCACAUUUUCCCUUUAUUUAAAAGAAAGAACAAGAAGAAAAUUUUUUUCCAUUGGCUGUCAGAUGAGCGUUAGCUGAAGGAUGUUCCUUUGUAGUUCUUAUCUAAGCCAGGCAUUCUGUUGCACCACUGUUGAUAUCAUCUGUGAUGUCAUGAGGGUGACAGCCAUCAACAUUGCAGCCCACACAUUGGGCUGUCCCCAGAAUCUCAAACCAGGGCUGUAUCUGUCAGGCAAUGUUGACAAUUUCAUCAAAAGUGCUCUUUUCCACUGUGCUCAAUGUUUUUUUGUGGCUCUUUGAGGGCUUUGAUGAUCAGGGCAGAGGCAGGAGGCACCUCCUCAACCUGGGCCUGUCUGUUCUGGUCAGUUUCACUGUAAUCCUCGGGCCCUUCUUCUAAUCACUGGUGGCUUUGGCGAUGUCGGUCCCGGAGGACUGUUGUUGGGGGGCAAGGCAAAUGUAGCACCAACUUCUCCACCGGUGCAUCUCAGGAAGACGAUUUUGAUCUCCUUGAGAAUGAACUUCAGCCGCAUGGCGGAGGCGGCUGGUGUUGGGUGCACCUGGAUUUAGGACGACCGAAGAAAGUUGCACCAAAGCCUCCUCCAAGAAAACUGAAAGCAACAAUUCCUUUACAGAGAUCAAAUUUGGAACUGGGCUGAACCCUAACCUUUUCAUUCUAGCUGGUAUUGGCCUUGUGGGUGAUCCAGUCUUGAACUCUCUCAGCCACUCUAACCCAAGUCCAAAAUUCCAGAGGAUUCCCCUAUGUCCUCAAGGGCAGUGGGGCCUACCCAGGCAUCUGGAUUUCAUGACCACUCAAUUUUGGUGUCAACUGUGAUUUCUAGCUGUUAGUUUGGCCGAGAAGUUCUGGGGGAAAAAAAACAAACCAACCUCAAGCUACCACUUCCCCACAACCACGCCUGUUUUCAUACCCUUAACAUAAAUGGACCUGAACGCAACAAUAUAAAAAUUUUCCCUAGAAAGGACAGUUGGCAAACUUACACCAAUGUCUAUACCGAUUUAUAUAACUCAUUCUGAUUUUCAUCAAACUAAUGAAGACCUCAAUGCAGGCCACUGGUAUGUAUAAUGCUGGUGUGGGAAACUCCUCUCUCGGAGUCCAUUGCUGGGACUCUCCCAACAACAUUGUUUUAUUUUGUCCAGUUUAUUAAAAAAGAAAACCUCAAAAUAAUGAGAAAUGUUUAUAUUGCUUCAAACUCCAGAGACAAGCCUUUCUACCUGAAACCGAUCCUAUAAAACAGGCAAAAGAAGAGUCAAGCCUUGGCUGGGUAGCUCGGUUAGCACGUUGUCCCCGUACACCAGGGUUGUGGGUUUAAUUGCAGGUCAGGGCGCACUCAA